UCCAGCCCUCCCUGCCAUGGCCUUCACGGAGCUUCUGGACACCCUGGGCGGGGUGGGCCGCUUCCAGCUGCUGUACACGGCUCUGCUCUUGUUUCCCUGCUCCCUCCUGGCUUGCCACAAUUUCCUUCAGAACUUCACGGCGGCCGUCCCCCAGCACCGCUGCCAGGAGCGCGCCAACAGCACAGGGAGCGCCAACUUCACCGCGGACAACGGGUGGCGGGUGUCCGUCCCGGAGGACCAGCACCAGAGGCCGGAGCCUUGCCUGCGCUUUGUCCAGCCUCAGUGGGCCCUGCUGAACCCCAACGCCACAGUCCGUGGGGCGGCCACAGAGGGCUGUGAGGACGGAUGGACCUAUGACCUGAGCAUCUUCCCUUCCACGAUUGUGACCGAGUGGGAUCUCGUGUGCGAUUCGAGGUCCAUGAGGGACCUGGCUCAGACGCUCUACAUGGCAGGGGUGCUGCUGGGGGCGGCUGUGUUUGGCGGCGUGGCAGACAGGUGGGGCCGCAAGGCCCCCCUCAUCUGGUCGUACCUGCAGCUUGGGGUUUCCGGGGCCUGCGCAGCCUACUUUGGGUCCUUCGUGGCCUACUGUGUUUUCCGGUUCCUGACGGGCAUGACCUUCUCCGGCAUCAUCCUCAACUCCCUCUCUCUGGUGGUGGAGUGGAUGCCCACCCAAGGACGGACAGUGGCUGGAGCCCUCUUGGGUUAUGCCUUUACUCUGGGGCAGAUCUUGCUGGCAGGUGUGGCUUACCUAGUUCGGCCUUGGCGAUGGUUGCAAUUUGCUGUCUCUGCUCCGUUCCUGGUCAUCUUCCUGUACUCUUGGUGGCUGCCUGAGUCCUCUCGAUGGCUUCUCCUCCAUGGAAAAUCCCAUUUGGCCAUCCAGAACCUCCGCAAAGUAGCUAAUCUAAAUGGAAAAAAAGAGGAAGGUCAACGCCUUACUGAGGAGGUGGUAAAUGCCUACAUGCAGAGUGAGUCUUCAGUUGGACGACCCUCUAGUUCUGUCUUGGACCUCUUUCGAACCCCAGCCAUUCGCAAAGUCACUUGCUGCCUCAUGGUUGUCUGGUUCUCCAAUUCCAUUGCUUACUAUGGUGUGGCCAUGGACCUGCAGAAGUUUGGUCUCAGCAUUUACCUGGUCCAGGUGAUGUUUGGGGUCAUUGACAUCCCAGCCAUGCUGGUCUCCACCACCACCAUGAUUUAUGUGGGGCGCCGGGCCACUGUGGCCUCAUUCCUGAUCCUGGCAGGGUUCAUGGUGAUCGCCAACAUGUUUGUCCCAGAAGACAUGCAAACUCUGCGGACAGCCCAGGCAGCCCUGGGGAAGGGCUGCCUGGCCAGCUCCUUCAUCUCCGUGUACCUCUUUGCAGGCGAACUGUACCCAACAGAGGUCAGGCAGAUGGGUAUGGGAUUCGUUUCUGUGAAUGCCCGCUUGGGUGGCAUGGCAGCCCCCUUGGUCUCCAUGUUGGGAGAGUACCACAGCACCCUGCCCCCAGUGGUCUUUGGGGUUACUGCCAUCUUAGCUGGGGUGACAAUCUGCUUUCUCAUGGAGACUCGAAACUUGCCCCUGGUGGAGACCAUUGAUGCAAUGGAGAAAAGGGCCAAAGGAUGCCUUUCCCAGGAUGGAGAAAAGAGCGAAGACAUGAGCCUGCAGCCCUUAGCAAUUUCCUCUCACAUCAAAGAAACUAUCUAAGUUACAGGGACCCCUGCGGAAGGCCCUGUUCUCCUGGAGCCAGCAUGGGGGACUGGGCUGCUCUGGGGAGGUGUCUCUUGGAGAAGGAGCUGGAGCCUUGGCCCUGGACUUGGAGCUGAGGCCAGGCAGAAGGGGAUGAGGUCAGCUUCCCCAAUCAGUUUCCAGAUGUGUGUCAAAAUUUCCAAAGUGACUUGAAUUGAAGCAA